UACAAAGUCAUUCUCAUCCCUUAGAUCACACUUGAUGCUGGACGGAAUUAAUCAGCUGGGAAUAUAAAGUGUGUGAGAAGGGAAUUGCAGAUGCCAAAGCAGCCUUUACCUCAGACCUCCUGCUCACUUUCUGUUGAGAAUAAAAACACAGCUGACCAUUGCUUAGUGUCCAGGUCAUCAAUCUAGACUUUGUUUGUUAGGGUGGAGCUACAGACUUUUGCAGUUUCAACAUUCUUUACCUUCAUUCUGAGCUUAUUUUUUAGGAUAUGGGGGAACAAAAUAAAAUAUUAUCCCGUCCCAUUUUCCGCCGAGAUGUGAGCUGGGAUCCUUUCCCAAACUGGACGCAGCCGAGCCGGAUCUUUGCACAGGAUUUUGGCCUCCCUCCCUUCCUGGAACCUAGUGAUCUGGAGUGGAUAGACUGGUCAAAGAGAAGACUAGCAUCUUUCUCCUGGCCGGGGUACACACAAACUCCCCUUUUGCCUCCAUUCACUGGUCAGCACCCUCCAGCGUUGAAACAAAAGGGUUUGAGACAACUGACAAGUGGAGUGUCAGAGAUCCGAACAGGGCAGGACAGCUGGAAGAUUAACCUGGACGUCAAUCACUUCUUGCCUGAGGAAAUUACAAUCACAACCAAGGAGGGUUAUUUGCAAAUAUCAGGAAAUCAUGAAGAAAAGCAGGAUGAGCACGGAUCGGUUUCAAGAUGCUUCACCCGUAAAUACAAGCUUCCGCAGGGGGUAGACACGCAGCACAUCAGUUCUUCUUUGUCCGGGGAUGGAGUUCUGUCCAUAGAGGCCCCGGCCCCCAGGACAUCCAUCAGCAUCCCAGCGAACGAGAUUGUCAUACCUGUACAGAUCAGACAGACGCAGGAUGGCGACAAGUGAGACCAGUAAGCAAGACCUUAAAAGUACAAACACAUGUAGAAAGUUGUCUGUAGCAGCCUGUGUGGUACGGGCGUG